AUGCUUCCGAGCACCCUCGCUUGGCACUGCGGAAGUUCCGCCGCUCUGCUCGGUUUGCCCGGGGCUUCGGGUUUUGGCAAUCUGGGCAAAAGUUUCCUAAUUGAGAACCUGCUGAAGGCCGGCGAAAGCCCGUCACGCCUCCCGCCGCGGCUGCCCGCCACUCCGAUCCCGCUCAAGUUGCAGGAACCAAUGCGCGUCGCCGGAGAAGGUGCUUUCCCCGUCUGCGCCUGGCCUUUCCAAGCUUUGAAUGCUUCAGCAGCGGGCUAUGCGGCUCCGGAGGACAGAGGAGGCGCGUUCCCAGCAGCAGCCCCAGUGUUCCCAAAGCACUUCUUCUUAAGCGCAUCCCCAAUCUACUUGGCAUGCUGUGGUGGGUCCUGUCAACACCCUGCAUCCUCCAUGGCUUUUCCAAGACAGCAAAGUGCUCUGCCUCUUCUAAGCCAUGACCCUAGAUCCCGGAGAGGUAUCUUAAGAAGGGCUGUCUUUUCAGAAGAGCAACGAAAAUCUUUGGAGAAAAUGUUUGAGAAACAGAAAUAUAUCAGCAAAACAGACAGAAAAAAACUGGCCAUUAAUCUGUGUCUGAAGGAGUCACAGGUCAAGAUCUGGUUUCAAAAUCGAAGGAUGAAAUGGAGAAACUCCAAAGAAAAAGAAGUGCUCUCAAAUCGGGAUCUGCCAGGAAGGUCUUCCAGGGGUUUAAAUUUUUCCUCCUCACCAUGUCCAGUCUGGGAAAUGUCUCAACAACAAUCAAGUUCAAGAUGGCAGAAUUUCCCAGAAUGGGCUGGGAGACUGAGUAACAGAAUUAGUCUGCAGCCACACAUAAAGCCAACUUUGUCUUCCGACACAUCAUAUUUGUAUCAAGAAAGAGGCACCAUAGACAAGGAACUCUCUCAUAAGAAUAGUAAAAAUGAUGGAAACCACUGUUUGAAGUGAACUCUAAUUAACUUUAUGAGAGAACUGAAUUAGAUUACGUAUUCCAUCACUGGUUCAAAUAAAAUGUAACACAUUUAUAUUGACAUAAUUAAUAGUUUAACAAAUAUUCAGUAAUUAAUCUUCCUUUAUGUUCCUUCCAGCUGAAAUAAUAUCUUUAAGUACAGUGAGAGGGAACUAGUGGUAAGUAAAAUUAAAGCGUGAAACAAUACAAAUAGAUUUGGAUUUUGCAAUCAAUCAGAUUAAAUUAGCAUUUCAUUAUAUAGUCAUUAAUAGAAAUUAUGGAAUUGAGGACAUCUUAUAUUGUAUGAUAUUAAGUCUGCAUUAUUAUAGGAUUUGUGAUACAUAUAAAAAUAUAGAGAAAUAAAAUGGAGUUUGAUGAUCUAUCUGUACAGUUGCCUGGUACAGAUUACUGAAUCUGGGCUUUCUAACCCCGAUUUGGUGAAAAUAUCAGAAUUUGUCUUUAAGAGUAGGAAUAAGCACCUAUAAGCAUGACAGGACUCCCAUUCAUUUUUGCUAUUAUUGUUGUCAUCAAGAAGGGUAGCUAGGGAUCAAAAGCAUCCAAAGGACAUUUGUUACAUUUACAUCAUGGGCAUAUGCAGGGCAAAAGGAAAAUAACUUUAUGAGAGCAAACAUGUAAAUUAUGCAAAUUAUGCAAUUCAGGUCACUUGUAUGAGGAUAUGUUGCUCAUAAUGUCAAUGUGUUUUAUUCCUUGUGGCUAUAAUUCCCAUAAU